AGCUAUACUCGUUAGUGAAUGAUGGAGCUGCCGGAUGUAGUAAAAGAGAAACUAAUAGAACUGGAUGAUGAGAAUAAUCAGCUGAAAGCGGAGGUAAAACGUUUGCGGGCCAGUAUUAUCAACAAGGAUGAGAUAUUGAAUGAGCUAGAAGAAGAAAACAUUCAGCUGCUUGCGGCAAACCAAAAGUUUAGUUCAGUCGAUGCUAAAUGUGUACAGCUGGAGCAGACGAUUGUCAGUCUGAGAGUAACGCUUGAAGAAAAGACUCGAGACUCGUAUAAUUUAAUGCAUGAGGUGGAAACAUUGACCGCUUCACUUGUCUCUGCACGAAGCGAAAUUGAUGAAUUGCGCAGAUCUUCCACGCCACCCUCUACGGAGGAGAACAUCGUAGAGCCAUCAAAUAAGGAAGAGCUGAUGCGUAUGCAAAAAGAGAAAGACGAUGCUUUGUUUGAAUUACAAGAAGCUAAAAAGCGUAUCCUUGAACUGGAAUCCGAGCGAGAAGACCUCAUAGAGCGGGAAGAGGCUGCCAAUGCUGAAGCACGGGAUAUGGCCAGACAUCUGAAGGAAACGCGCGAACAAAUGCAGGAAUUAGAAACAGAGCUUGCAACUUUUCGUACUAAUAUAAAUAUCGUGAAUCGUGGAAAUUCUAUGUUUGUCGAGGUUUGCUCUGCUCUGCGUAACGAAAGUGAUAAAUAUCGAGCUGAUAGGGACAAGCUCAUAGAAGAAAAGGCCGAUCUUGCGGUGCGAGUGGCUAAAGCAGAGAAAUCGGUAGCUGAUGCACAAGAAGAUAUUGAAACCUUGAAGCUACAGUUAGCUAUGAUGAAAGAACGGGAGCAGAAAAAAGAUGCUGCCAAGGUCUCUGAAAUGAUAAAUAAAGCUAGUAGCGAUCAAGGGCAACGUCUGUUUUCUAUACUAAAUCAUAACCAGUUUACACCUGCUGCUUCGAACAGACCAACGGUCCCUUCUGUUAUUCAUUCUGUGCAAACACCACAACGUUAUGUUUUCUCUCGCUCUUCAUUGCAAAGAGAUCUAGAAAGUUCAUUUAAUGCUGCAUCUGAUACCGCUGAAAGGCCCUUCAGUGGACUGAAGAAGCUCCGGCUUGCUGACAACAAUAUGAACGAUGAAGAGGAUCAUAGUAGGAGGGCCUCUAUAAGUGCCAGUGAACUGCGAAGAAUACCUCGUAAACAAGCUCGACGUCGUCAAUCGGAAGUCUUCCAAUUCAUGAGAAUUUGAGUUAGUUUGGCGUUUUAAGGACGUUCCGGAAGAAAUAGAAAAUGACUCAUCAAUGAAAUCAUACAAAGUUCUGUAAAAUUGUAACUUGUACAAUCCGACGCUACUUGUAAUCAUUACUUGUGUAUUUUUGCACCUGAGGUGUUUAUCACUAGGUAUGAUCUUCU